CACCGAUACACACAGACAGCAUCCUAGAUGGAGAUAUCUGUGCAGUAGGGAGAGGCUGUCUGUGUAUUGUAUUGGCUUGGCUGUCUGACUGUCAGAGGGGUUUGCCCAUCUGCGUGGGUGACGAAUGCGAGGUGAGGGCAGGAAGACAGACAGAUAGUACUAGCUAUUCACACCGGCAACUAACAAUUUCCCCCCUCCCCUCCCCUCCUCAGUUCCUCCAGCCCUCCUCAUCGUCGAGCCCCAUCUCCCCCCCAUCACCAUGACCAUCUCCUCAGCCCCUCCAGCCCCCCCAUCCCCUCAGUCCCCCGAGCCCCCCCACACCAUGACCACCUCCGGCCCUCCCACGGCCGCAUCACCAUCUCGACGGUCAAUUCGUGCUCGGCCGGCCGGACUACCAGCUCCUCAAUCGACGAGUCCUCACCAUCGAACCGCGCGUAGGUCGGUCGCGUCACCUCCAUGCCGUACUCGGCCAUGUCGUUGCGCACACGGCCCUGGAUGAACAGCAAGAUGAGCUCGCUCUCGACUAAGGCAGCGGCUUCAGGUGCGGCGAAGAUGUCAGCUCGCUCGGUGAGCUUGAAGGUGGCGUGUUUGGGCCGCAGCUCAUGGACGAGGCGGAAGAGGUCCCGCAGCCGCUCGAGGACGCUCUCGGCUCUCGCGUUGUAGAUGUUCUGAAAGUUCUCGUCAACGAAAAACUCCGUAUCGAUGGGUCUGAUCUCGAUGGCGAGCUCUUGCACUUUGGGGUACUGGCGGGUGGUCUGGGGGGAGGGGAAGGCGACCGGGGCGGCUCGGGUGAGAGACAGCGGCUCGUCAUAUGCCAUCUCCAGCUUCUGAUCGGCGCACACACAAUGCGGGGUCGACUGAUAAGGCACACUAUGCGCGGAUGGAUGGUGGAUGGCAACACCAGAUAGAUGUACCUUGAGCGGCUUUGGCUUGAUGCCCUGCUGAAUGUAUGCGAGCGCCUCAGAGGCCACGAUGCCGCUGACCGUAUGCGUCCACAGCUUGUCCACGGCAGGCCACCCGAGGUACACGUGUGUGAGGGCGGGGAGGGAUGAGAGGAGGCGCGAGAGUCGGUUGGGCGUGGGGGGAGGGAUCAGGUACUCGGGAUCGCAAGUCGGCUCAUGUUUGAGACCGUCGUCCGUCAGGUAGAGCUCCGUCACGUUACUGAAUCGACACAUCCACACACACAUCCACAGCGAGAUUACGUGAAGCGCCUUUAUUGCUCUCUUUCUCUGUCUCACUCACCAGAGUGAUUUGAGCGUGCCCUCCUCGGUCAGCCACUGUGGGAUGCCGUUCAAAGACCCGGCAUCGACAUCUUGGUUGUCUUUGGCGAGCUCGACCUCCAGGCGCCUGGCGUUGUUCAGCCGGAUGCCGCUGAAGUGCAGGCUGGUGGAAUCGCUUUGGCCAUAAUUAGUCGUCAAUGACACGGUGUCGCCCCCUCCCGCGUGCCGUUUGACGGUCUCUACCCAUGUGAGGGUCUCGGCAGUCGGCGGACCCUCUGUGCUCUCAUCGCCGCACUCGAUGCGUGUCACACCUCCUUGCCGCACCACUCCCCAUCCCAUCUGCUCUGCCGCCUGAAUCGUCCCCACCGAGUCUCCGCUCAUGUAGGGUCGAUCGAACGGGUCACGGACGAUGUCGAGGGGGCAGUGGAUCUUCAGCUGGCGCUUUGUGGAGGCCCCCGACGGAGAGGGGGGGAAGGAGGGGGAGGGGGCAUCACACGCGCUGCUGGACGACGCCGCCGUACCGCCGCGGGGCGUCAGCUGGCGCAGCAACGUCACCAGCUUGCUGGUCUCCCUGUCGCUGCCACCCAGCUUGAGGUGGCCGACGUGGCGCAGAUUCUUGAGCGAUGAGAGGGCAGCGGUAGUGAGGGGUACGCUGGAUUCAGCCUCCCCUUCGUAGCAGCACAGCAGUGGGUAGAUGUCCAGGUGGCUGAGGGAUCGGGACGAGCCCAGGAUAAAAGCCAGGCUGCCAUCAAAUGCGGCCCUCUUGGCUGCAACGGAGGGGGGCCAGUCUGCCGUGAUGCACUCGCCCGCGGAGACCACCUUGCCGGUGAUGCACUCGCCCGCGGAGACCACCUUGCCGGUGAGGCGCUCGAGUGCUGGGCACACGAGCUUCUGCUGCUGGAAGAGAUGCAGUCCAUCGAGGCUGUCCACCUCAACCGACGUGACCGACGGAAACACCGCAUCGGGCCCCUUGACCUGUGCCACCGGCAGGUCGCUCGCCGCGUCCUCCUCAGACGCUUCGCCACCAUCUGCAUCACCGUGUCCAUCUCGCUGGUUCUUGGCUUGUGUCGUCUGGAUGGCUUUGAGCGUGUCAGUGUGGUGGACCAGCUGCAGCGAGACGAAGGCGAACAGCCGCGCCCGGCCGAUCUCCUCGACCUCCUCCUCUUUGGGCAGCAGGAUGACGGCGUGCUGCUGCUGCUCGAACGUCACCAGGCUGCCGUUGGGCCCCGUGCAGCUGAGGUCGUGGUUGGGACGGUGCCAGUUGAUAACGCGGAUCAGCGAGUAGAUGGCCCAGUAGAAGGCCCGGCAGACACAGCUCAUCGCCAGGCGCUCGUUGACGGACUCAUACGAUGACACGUUGAGCCAGAUGAGCCCAUCCAGAAGGCUCGUGAGGGUCUUCGGUGCGCUGCUGUUGGAUGAGUCAUGGCUCUGGGCCGGAGGGGCUGUACGAGGGCGUUUGGCUGGCGGGCCGUCCAUCGCCCAGCAGACACACACCAGAGAUCAGCUACGCUACGCUGCUACAGCUUCCUGCAGGUCCACACACACAGACGCACACAGGACAGAGGAUGACGCGCCGUCUGUCGUGCUGUUUCUCCCGGCCCGCUUACAGUUAGUGCGAUGGAUGUACGGCUGCAUGACCCUCUCGUCCAUCUUGGCCCGGCCGUCUAUGCCCUCUGGUGGCGGUCGGCGCGUCGUUGCAUCAUGUCACUCAUGUUUGUCGGAAUUUGAGGGUGCGCUACCACAGGAACACCUUACCAAACGGUCAGGCAGCAAACUUGCUCCUUUCCUGCGCGAGAAAGGCAACGCACAGCCAUUCUUCUCGGCAAGAUUCUUC